AGGACUUCAACCCAGUUAUGUUGAGAAUUUAUAACCGAACACAGUUUAACAAUCGAUACGCAGGUAGUGAUUAUACCCGAGGUAAUUAGACUAAAGGUGAUAGACCCAUAUAAGCGUGACGAAAUGUCCAAAGUUUCGAGAAUCCACAAAUGUUAAGUUUACCCCUCCCUCUUUCUCAUGGCAUCUUCAUGGUGUUCAGAGCUGGAAUUUACCUGCUCCGUCUGUCUGGAGACACUGCACGAACCUGCGACUCUUCCUUGCGGACAUACCUACUGCUUGCCAUGCAUCCAAAGCCACUGGGACAGAGGGGAGGCAAAGAAAGUCUACAGCUGUCCCCAGUGCCGGCAGACAUUUAGCCCACGGCCCAGGCUGGCCAAGAACACCUUACUGGUGGAAGCCAUGGAGAAGCUGAAGAUGAGGGUGCGGGAGGUAAGCCCUGCACCUGUUUGUUCGGCCGUACCAUCGCUGCCCUGUGCUCCGCUGGGUGAGGAGAUGAACGAGGGCCCAGGUGAGAGAAGUCUGUACCCAAAGCUCCCAGGGAACCCAAGGCUCUGUCCUGAUCACCAGCGCCCAUUGGACCUGUUCUGUCGCAGUGACCAGCAGUGCAUCUGCAACAUGUGCAAGAAUCAUGGCCAUAAGGGCCACUGCGUUGUCAGACCUGAAGAGGAGAAAAAGGAGAAGGAGCGGGAGAUAGCUAAGAUGCUGGCAGACACGCAAGGAAAGAUCCAGAAGAGGGAAAUAGACCUACAAUGUCUACCACAGACGGCUAGAAUCUACAAGGAUUUUUCCCAAGCUCUACAGCGGGAAAGUGGUCAGAUCUUUGCGGAGCUGGUGCUCAAUGUGGAACAGAUGAGUACUCAAGUGAAUGAGCUACUUUGUUCCCAUGAGAGCGCAGCCAGCACUUCUUGUGAGGGGCAGAUCCAACGCUUGGAGCAGGAAGUGGCACAGCUGCGCAGGAGGGAUGAAGAACUGCACAGGCUGAUGCGCAUCCAGGACAGUGUGUGUUUCCUAAAGAGCUUCCAGAUGUUGGAAGCUCCUUUCCAGGAUGAUGGAGAUAUGAAGGUUGGUGCAAACUCAGAGGAUGCCCUCCUGGGCAUAAAGGGCGUCCUGGCAGAGCUGAGGGAGAAGCUGCAGGAGCUUUUAAAAGCCAGUAUGGCGAGGAUGUUCCAGGCAUUGAGCGAUGCAGGGCCUCUGCCUCCUGUGUCCAGCGAUGCUGGUGCUGAGGGAGCUCAAAAUGAAGUGAGGCGACUAUUCCAAACGACAGUAGGUGAAGCCUCAGCCAGCAGCAGUCCACCAGCCCUUGAGCCCAAGUCAAGAGAUGAACUUCUAAAAUAUCGCUAUGAGCCAACCCUGGAUCCCAACACCGCCUACCGCCACAUCCGCGUCUCCGAGAAAGACAGAAAGGCAACACUGCGGGCUGAGAGCCAAGCCCACCCAGAGCACCCUGACCGCUUCCAAUACUGGCGGCAGAUUUUAUGUCGGGAGCCACUGGCUGGGAGCCCCUACUAUUGGGAGGUAGAGUGGAAUGGUCAGAAAGUCACUAUUGGAGUCACCUACAAGGAACUGGGCAGGAAGGGGUCGGAUGAUGGUUGCAGGCUGGGUCAUAACAACCAGUCAUGGGGUCUAUACUGGUCUGGGACUGGAUUCUCGGUGUGGCACUCUGGGAAGGAGACUGCAGUCACUGGUCCCAAGGCCCGGCGCAUUGGGGUCUAUGUAGACCAACAAAUGGGGAUCUUGGCAUUCUAUGGAGUCUUUAACAACGAGGUCCAGCUCCUACAUGGGCUCCAGGCUUCUUUCUCUGGCCCAUUAUACCCUGGGUUUAGGUUCUGGUCUGGAGCAGGUUCUAGUGUAACUCUGUGUGAACUUGACUGAGUAUGAUAAGAAAUGGUUCACUUAUGGUGAUGGUAAGGAUUAUUGGCAGAUGUAAGUUGCGUUGCUUUGUGAACUGAAUGUUUGUCAUUUUAGGCCAGCUGUUCUCAAACAGGUCCUCAUCCCCUCCCCAUAAGUCCACAUAUUUGUUCAUAUCAGCUGCAGCUCAAACCCAGGUAAUGAAAGGUAACCAUAAAGCCACUUGACCACUUAGAAAUAUAUGUGUAAGUCAGUGUUUCCCAACCUGGUCCUCGGGGGACCUGCAGCCAGUCCAUGUAUUUGCCAGGAGCGAAAACGUGGACCGUAUGUAGGUCCCCAAGGACCGGGAUGGAUAAUACUGGUGUAAGUUGUAACAAAAUGUGAUGGAUAUUUAAAGUUCACUAUGCAUGUAUCAUUGUUAUAAACUGGGUGACAAAUAAAUUCAUUAGGGUUUGGCACAUCAGAAAA